CCUCCCUCCCUCCGUCCCCGCCCCUCUGGCGGCGGGAGAGCUGCUGGCUCGCCCUGAUCCUGGGAGCUGCCUGGAGGCGGGCCCGGCCCCGGGAAGGUGCGCGGCGGCGGGACCCAGCCCCGCGCUGGGAGCGGGCACCAUGGUGCUGUCGGUGCCAGUGAUCGCGCUGGGCGCCACGCUGGGCACGGCCACCAGCAUCCUCGCGCUGUGCGGGGUCACCUGCCUGUGUCGGCACAUGCACCCCAAGAAGGGGCUGCUGCCGCGGGACCAGGACCCAGACCCGGAGAAGGCGAAGCCCGGCGUGCUCCGGUCCGCACAACAGUUCAACAUUAAAAAAUCCACGGAACCCGUUCAGCCCUGUGCCCUCCUCAAGUUCCCAGACAUCUAUGGACCCAGGCCAGCUGUGACGGCUCCAGAGGUCAUCAACUAUGCCGACUACUCGCUGAAGUCCACGGAGGAGCCAGCUGCACCUGCCAGCCCCCAACCUCUGAAUGACAGCCGCCUCAAGAGGCAGGUCACAGAGGAGCUGUUCAUCCUCCCUCAGAAUGGUGUGGUGGAGGAUGUCUGUGUCAUGGAGACCUGGAACCCAGAGAAAGCUGCCAGUUGGAACCAGGCCCCCAAACUCCACUACUGCCUGGAUUAUGACCGGCAAAAGGCUGAAUUGUUUGUGACUUGCCUGGAAGCUGUGACCAGCAACCAUGAUGGAGGCUGUGACUGCUACAUCCAAGGGAGUGUGGCCAACAGGACCGGCUCUGUGGAGGCCCAGACGGCCCUAAAGAAGAGGCAGCUGCGCACCACCUGGGAGGAGGGCCUGGUCCUCCCUCUGGCGGAGGAGGAGCUCCCCACAGCCACCCUGACACUGACCUUGAGGACCUGCGACCGCUUCUCCCGCCACAGCGUGGCCGGGGAGCUCCGCCUGGGCCUGGACGGGACGUCUGUGCCUCUGGGGGCUGCCCAGUGGGGUGAGCUGAAAACUUCGGCAAAGGAGCCAUCUGCAGGAGCUGGGGAGGUCCUACUAUCCAUCAGCUACCUCCCGGCUGCCAACCGCCUCCUGGUGGUGCUGAUUAAAGCCAAGAACCUCCACUCUAACCAGUCCAAGGAGCUGCUGGGGAAGGAUGUCUCUGUCAAGGUGACCUUGAAGCACCAGGCUCGGAAGCUGAAGAAGAAGCAGACAAAACGAGCCAAGCACAAGAUCAACCCUGUGUGGAAUGAGAUGAUUAUGUUUGAGCUGCCCGACGACCUGCUGCAGGCCUCCAGUGUGGAGCUGGAAGUGCUGGGUCAGGACGAGGCAGGGCAGAGCUGUGCGCUUGGCCACUGCAGCCUGGGCUUGCACACCUCGGGCUCUGAGCGCAGCCACUGGGAGGAGAUGCUCAAAAACCCGCGCCGGCAGAUUGCCAUGUGGCACCAGCUGCAUCUGUAACAGCUGCCUGGCCGCCUCCCUUCUUGGACAGCCCUGGCCUGUCCUCUGCAACCUCCUCUCUGUGCCCUUUCCUAAUUCUGACACCCAGAAGACAGUAACAGAUGUGUUUGCAAGGCCAGGAUGCCUCUCUCAUCAUACUCCUGUUUCUAAGAAAUAGCAAGAUAGGGCAGGACAGUGUGUGGAAAUGGAGUAUGUGGGUCACACUGAGGAAUGCAUUUUGCUCAUCUGUGUUAUUGAAAGAGAUGCUUAUCAAAUACAGUUCCUAUGCCUGUUUUAUAGGUGGGGUUAGGCCAGAUGCAGAGGAAGCUAAAUGUGGGGAUCAUGGAUUCAAAGAAGAAUUUGGCUUUUUGAAAAACAAGCAUUUCAAAAAUGAUGAAGGAAGUGAAAAUAUCCUGGAUCAAUUCCUAGAGUUGGAGGUUGCCUGGGUGGAGUGAAACCUUAGCCAGUGUUCAAUCAACUCACCACGCAGGGCAGCCCCUCAGCAGUUCCCCAGCUUUAGCAUGUGAAGAGUCACCAGCAGAUUCCUGGGCUCACCUGGAGACAUUCCUAGUUGGUAUUCCUGGUCGAAGCCCAGGAGCCUUUGUUUUUAACAAGCUGAUGUAGAGGUUGGAGCACUGCAUUUGUAGAAAUUCCUUCUACAACAUUCCAGACAGUUUUUCGGCCGCAGUCCUUGAUGGAGUCCCAAAACCAUGGUGCAGCCAGUUCUAAUGCUGAACACCUCAACCAUCGGUGUGAAAUCUGGGGCCUCUGCUUUUUAAAAUUUAAUUAUUUUAAUUCCUAAUACCUUAAUUUGUGCAUUUCUUUAGGCCCCUGCUCUUGGACUGAAUUUUGCGCAUCAAGAAUGUUAUUGUUUUUAUCUUAAAGUCAGUUUCUAGUAUCCUUGGGGAGACCAUUCCUAACAAAAUACAUGUGGGAUCUCCUGUGAGUGAUUGGCUGGGUUCUGAUUGCUAGAUGUCACGCCCACCAGCAUCACCAAAGUGACUCUGAGAUAGACCUGUCCCUUUUCAGUAUUCCAGUCACUUCAGGAGGAAUUUAGUUAUUGACUUAGUCUAUGAUAUGAAAGACAAUUUUUAAAAGGAAGUCAGGUCUUUUGCAAAUGUGCCUCCCUCUGUCCAUUUUCACUUGAAUGGGUAAAUAACCAGCAGCUAGGGUUUGAAUUCCUACCUUGUUACUCUAAACAGAUGUCCACACUGUUAAUUAAAUCUAAAUCAUUAGCCUUGCUGAGUGGAUACAAUACUUACCCCUGAACCAGGAUUCCUGGGUUCUGUUGUUGACCUUGUCCUUCAGAAUCUGAUGGCUGCCUGUGUAAGACGGGACUAAUGACUAGGAAGCUUACCCCAAUGAGUGAUAUAAUAGAUGAAGUAGUGUUCGAAACCUGUAGGCACUUCCUGGCUAAAAACAAACUCUGAGAAAACAGCAGUUCAUUUUUAAGCUAAGUUACUAUUUUUCACUUUAAUUUGACAGCUGGGAAUGUCCAGAAAGUGCCGGAAGCAUCCCAGGCAUUUCCAGAACCAUGGAUUCUACCUUUGAACUCCUCUCUACUAAUAUUAAAACUCUGGGCCUUCAGCUGUCACUCAAAUCCCCUGCCCUAAGACAGCAUUCCUAGACAGCAUGGGUAAGGGCUUCAUUCCUUCAACAAGCCAAGUCAUACUCCUCCUGAGGAGGUUGCCCCUGAUGGGCGCCAUCUCUUCCUGAGAAUCUGAGCAGGGGCCUUAUAACCUGUGGUCAUUAUUUCUCCUUUCUAUACAGAAAGAGGAAAGCAUUAGAAAUAACUUCUACCCAUCCUCUGAAAAAAAAAAAAACAGAAAAAAUAUCGAAUCCCUCUUUAAUGGGAAAGUCUUUUGGAUAGUUGGAAACCUUCAUCACUGAGGUUGACCAGCCCCUGUCCAGUGUUGUUUAGGCAAAGUACCUGUUAGUGCUUUCCCAUAACAUGUUUCUGAGAUCUCUUCACCAUAUUGGUUUCUUCUCUUUGGUUGGUAUGGCUAAAAGAAAACAAAAUAUUCCCCAUAACCUGAAAGCUGACCAGCAUUCUCUUCUUGGUAACAUCUGCUACUCCGAUCUAGAAAAUUUGGAUUCUAGACUAAAAAUCAGAAAACAUGGCUCCUUAUAAAUGCACCUGCCCUAUAGUACUACCAGAGGAAUUUGAGGUGGGCUGGGCAGGGCUCCUGAUCCCAAGGUAUCAACUCCACCCAUAGUCAUUUGAUCAUGAAGCUUGCUUGCUUUAAUUCAUUCAUUCAUUUCUUCUUCUUCUCAUUUCUUCUUCUUCUUCUUCUUUCUUUUUUUUUCUCUUUCUUCUUCUUCUCCUCCUUCUCCUUCUUCUUCUUUUUCUUCUUCUCUUCUUCCUCUCUUUCUUCUUUUAUCUCAAAGUUUCAGUCUUCCAGAAUCCAAAUUAAAAGUGGCCCCUGAUGGGAGCCAGUUUCCACCACAGAAUAUCUUGAAUGUCAGCUUUGACCUCACUUAGCAGGGAUUACAGAAAUGAGAUACAUUUUGAAGGAGAGUUGUCUGUUAUGUUCACUGGUGUAUUCUAAGUGUCUGGGAUAAAGCUGUCUCAUGGAUGCUCCACAUUAAUGAAUGAAGAGUGGCUGGUGGAGUAGGCAGAAAAAGACACUGCAAAUGGCAUAAAAAUUAAAGUCCUAGCUGAGUUCUCAAUGGUAAAGGCAUCAGAUGUCUUAGCAGUCAGGCUAGAAAUUCAUGAUAGUGAGUAUUACUGUUUGCCUAAUGACAAUUCAUAGCUCUCCAUGCAAAUGUAAUUAACAGAUGAAGAGAAUAUAAUUGCUCUGUUUUUCCACUAAAACUCCAUCUUAGUGAAUUUUAAAUUACCCAGAGAUGUCAGACUGCCAAAUCAAAAUAUUUCAGUAGUCUUUGCAUCAGCUUACCUUGUACCAGCAACAUUUCCAAUUUACUAUCAAAUUAGAGUAAUUCAGCCUGUGUGAAAGCAUCUCAUCAUUUUUGAAAGGAACGCCUUGUGCUAUGAUAGGGAGCAUUUCUAAAAAGGGUGUGAGGCAGAGGUAAAAAUGAGGUGAGAGACCAUUUCAGAAUGGGCUGUUGCCCAAAAGGAGAUCUGGGUUUUUCAUUAGAGAUUUCUAUGGGGAUAGAAAAUUAGGAGUCCACCCUCAUUAAUCUGUGACUCCACCUUUUGCAUCAAAUCAGUCUCUAUUUGUUGAGCAUUUACUGAUCAAGACCUUGCUUACAUCUGUCUACUUGGAUUUGAGAUAUAACUUUUUGUGUGGGUUGAAUGGCAAGUCACCCCCAACAAAGCUGGGCACAGAGAGUCAGCUAGGAGGCCAGUUCUUCAGGGUCAAUUUCUCUUGGAUGUAAAGGAGUCCUGGGUGAAAGGUGGCUGUAGCCUAAACCAACUAGUCCUUGUGAUUUGUUUCUGCCCUCUGUGUUUCCUGUUGUCAAAUGCUAAGUGUGUGUUUUGCAGUCAUGAACUGAAGCACAAAAAGACGCAUGAGACAUUGUAGUCAUAUGUCUGGUGUCACACUUUGGAGCAAAAACCUUGCAGUGGUAAAUAAAAAAUUUCCAACAGGG